AUGCUGACUUUAGAAGCUCCAGAAGAGAGGCGGAGAAAAUUUAAGUACCGAGGCAAAGAUGCAUCUAUGCGGCGGCAACAGCGGAUAGUGGUCAACCUGCAGCUCCGGAAAGCCAAGAAAGAUGAGCAGGCCUUAAAAAGAAGAAAUAUCAUCAGUCUCUCCCCUGAUCCAGCUUCUGAACAACUGACCAAAGGGGUAUGUUGGAAGGUCAACCUCACCCUGCAAGAAAUAAUCAAUGGUGUGAAUGCCUCCGAUCCAGACCUAUGUUUCCAGGCCGCCCAGGCAGCCAGGAAAAUACUGUCGCAGGAAAGGAACCCUCCUCUAAACCUGAUUGUUGAAGCAGGGCUCAUCCCCAGGCUGGUGGAGUUCCUGAAGUCAUCACUUCACCCCUGCUUGCAGUGUGAGGCCGCCUGGGCUCUGACCAACGUUGCUUCAGGGACUUCGGAGCAGACUCGAGCUGUUGUGGAAGCGGGAGCCAUCCAGCCCUUGGUUGAGCUUCUGUCUUCCCCGCAUAUGAUUGUGUCUGAACAGGCAGUGUGGGCCCUUGGUAAUAUAGCAGGUGAUGGCGCAGAAUUCAGAGACUUGGUUAUCAAGAGCAAUGCCAUCCCACAUCUGCUGGCCCUGGUUUCAUCAAAUAUACCAAUUACAUUUCUGCGGAACAUCACGUGGACCUUGUCCAACCUGUGCCGGAACAAGGACCCGUACCCUUGCAAAAAAGCCGUGAAGCAGAUGUUGCCCAUCCUCUUCCACCUCCUGCAGCACCAAGACAGCGAGGUUCUCUCUGACGUCUGCUGGGCCCUCACCUACCUCACCGACGGCAGCAACGAGCGCAUCAGCCAAGUGGUUGACACGGGGUUCCUGCCCAGGUUGGUUGAGCUCAUGGCCAGCUCGGAACUCAACGUCUUGACCCCCUCUCUCCGCACUGUGGGGAACGUCGUCACGGGAACGGACCUCCAGACGCAGGUGGCCAUCGAUGCAGGCAUCCUGAGUGUGCUGCCCCGACUCCUGAGGCACCCCAAGUCCGCUAUCCAGAAGGAGGCAGCCUGGGCCCUGAGCAACGUGGCCGCGGGGCCCCACCAGCACAUCCAGCAGCUGAUUGCUUGCAAUGUGCUGCCUCCGUUGGUGUCUCUGCUAAAAAAUGGAGAUUUUAAAGUCCAGAAAGAGGUUAUCUGGACAGUGGCUAACUUCACAAAUGGGGGCACCGUGGACCAGCUGAUCCAACUUAUCCACGCUGGCGUCUUAGAGCCACUGGUGAACCUGCUCACCAUCCGAGACACCAAAAUUAUCAUCAUCAUCCUGGACAUCAUCAAUUUUCUCCUCCAAGCAGCAGGGAAGCUUUUGGAGAAGGAAAGCCUGUGCCUUCUGAUUGAAGAACUUGGUGGGGUUGAUAGAAUUGAGGCUUUGCAACUUCAUGAGAACCAUCAGGUUGCCUUGACUGCUUUGAACAUUAUCGAGAACCACUUUUGUGAGGAAGAAGAAAAUGGCGUGAUAUUACCAGCCCUGGACCAAGAUAAUGAAUUCUUAAAGCUCUUAACAAAAAAAUACCAAAGCUUCACAACUUCUAAACCAAGGACCAAACCCUAAAGGGUAACUUCUUUAA